AAUUAAUUGCAGCUUCGCCCCUUCACUACAAGCUGCAAUACAAGUCUUCACAGCCUUUCCCUUCCUCGAUCGUUCUGUAGAUCUAAGUUCUCCAUGUAGAUCUACAAAAUCGCAGCCCUAAUUAUCAAUUCUUCUACGCAAAUUUCAAACGGCGAUAACUACUUCCUUAUCAUCUUUGAUCUGUUCCAUGGAAAAAACCCUAACCAGCAUUUUUUCCUCUGAUUGUGAAUCUCUCUUUCAAAAAUUCCUCAAAACAUCUCGUAAUAUUUUCAAUCGUGGUCUACAGAGAGAGAUGCAAAGAGGGCGGAAGAGAGAGAAGGAGUACAACCUUCUGCGGCUCGAUGUUCAACCUUCUUGUUGUAUUUACGAAUCUCCCAUUGCUGCGAACAUUGCAAACAUUUCUUGAACUGCAAUGCUGGAAAGGGUAUGGACUACGGAGUAUCACCUUUCUGUGUUUUUUGAUGUCGUUCCAUCAUGGAGAUACAAGUAUAACACAGGAUACUGUGGUCAAUGCCAUUCAAUUGUUUGGCUUAGUAACUUGAAAAGUCGUAAUAAACACUCGAGGCGAGGUUCUGGAGCUCAACCAUUGAAGCCCUUAUCGCCGAGCCAGGGUUAUGUACAAAGAGAAAUUCCAUACUCUAACGAGGAGUUAGAAGAAACUCGAGAACAAUGGGCAAAGUAUUUGAAGGACAACUAUUUGAUGGAUGCCGGCGAAUGAGUUUGUUGUCUAGUAAUGUUAUGUUUUAUGUUUUUGUUAUGUGUUGGAUAUGACGUUGGAUGAUACUUGGAGCAUAUAUAUGGUUUUUGGAACAUAUAUGUAUGUUAUGUCUUA